AACACCAAACUAUUUCUGAAAACGCCGACGUUUCUCGUUUUUCGGGCCAACUCAUCGGUCUUUUUGACACAGAAUAUGUUUGUUUUUAGCUCAUAAAGCUAUGAGUUUUAACUCCUUUUGUGUAUGAUAAAUAACUUUUGUGAUUAUUAAGACAUGGAGGUGCAAUAUCUCGUUCUCCUUUUGAGUAUCUUCUGGCAUGGUUGCCAAGGUAUUAUGUGGAGUUUGGCUCCUAACACACAGAAGUGUUUAAAGGAAGAAUUACACGCUAAUGUUCUUGUUGCUGGUGAAUAUGAAGUAGGGGAGGCUCCCGGACAGCGAGUCGAUUACAUAGUUAGGGAUUCAAAAGGCCACAUACUUUCACAGAAAGAUUCAAUAACCAAAGGGAAGUUCACAUUUGUUACUGAAACAUAUGACACAUUUGAAGUUUGUUUCUUAUCAAAAGUUCCUCCAGAGCGCAGGGGCAUCAGUCAAGAAGUGUUCUUAAACAUAAAAGUUGGAUUUGAGGCUAAAAAUUAUGAGGGUAUUGGUGAAGCAGCCAAGCUGAAGCCAAUGGAAUUAGAGUUGAAGAGACUGGAAGAUCUAUCAGAAGCUAUUGUCCAGGACUUUACUCUUAUGAGAAAGAGAGAAGAGGAGAUGCGAGAUACUAAUGAAUCCACAAACAACCGAGUACUCUUCUUCAGUGUAUUCUCUAUGGUAUGCCUACUGGGACUGGCCACUUGGCAAGUUCUAUAUCUACGCCGCUACUUCAAAGCCAAGAAACUAAUUGAAUAAACUGUUUUACUAAGAUAUUUGAAGCGGCACAGUUCCUCCAAUUGUUGUAUCUAUGUAUUUGGUUUCGAUAUCUGGAACAGUGCAAACGUUAUACUUGCGUUGAACAAAGAUUCCACAGAUCUUAUUUAAUUAAUGUACCAAUUUUUGCUUUAUCUUUUUAUGGAUAAAUUGAGAAUAUUCAAUUCAAAUAAGGAACUGUAAAAUCACAUAUUUAUACCAAGAGUAAAUAAUUACAGUAAAAUUUUUAAUUUGUUGCAUUUUUACCAAAAUUAUAGUUUAUUUACUCUGGCAACAUUGCAAACUAUCAAUGAGUUCUUAAUUUUUUUAAACAACUUAUCAAAACAGCGCCGCACAGUCAUAUUAAAAUUAAACAUAUUUUGAUUACUUAAUGCAGAUAAUUUAAAUAUUUUUGUUGUAUAUGUUCAUGUUUGAGUGUGUCGUGUCUUUAAGUAAGAAUGUAUAAAAUAAUGUUUUUUGGAAA